UCUCGCACACACAAACGUGCAUCUUGCAUUCCAUUGACUGAUUUUUUUUUGUAAAUUGCAUUGGUUAAAAUAAAUUUUCCGCAGAAAAAUCAGAAAAAUAAACACUCUAGGCGUGAAAAGGUAGUGAAAAGUUUGUCUUGAAUCCCGUGCGGUGUGUUUGCGGGUGUUUUCCACGGUGGAGGGCCCCCACAGCAAGUGACCCCAAUAAUGACGUUUUCGUUUUGCUCUGAAAGUUUUUCCCAACAAAUCUGACAUUUUUGUUGUGCCUCGAACAAGUCACAAAACCCCCCUAAAAUCCCCGUUUAGCCCCCAAAUUGUGUCACGCACGAGGGUACAGUGGCACGGGGCACACUUUUGCAGGGAGAAAAGUGCGUAAAAACUCUGUAAAGGAAACACGACAAAUCGAGCAAGUGAGGGACAUAGUGUUCACGAAGGAGAAGCAUUGAAAAAAAAAAGAAAAAUUCUGGCGGGUCUGCGUGAGUUUUGUUGAUAGUGAUUGAGUGAGUGUGUGUGUGGGCACAAGACGGAGGCAAAGUGAGCAAUAUUAGGAGGAAAAAAAGAAUCCAUGAAGUGAUGUGAGAGAAGUCAUAAAUGAGUAAUACAGCACCAUAAGUUUUCAUCAAAGAGAGAAAGAAGUGCGCGAAUAGAGGAGGGAAAAAAAGAAGGGCAAUUAAAUGUUGGACAAGCAAUGUAGAUUAGAGCAGAGUGGAUGAAAAGAGAGGAAAAAUUCAAUGGAAAACAAGUGUUGAUGGUGCAGAAACAGAAUGGUCGGUGUGUUUGACGACAAUUUGAGUGUCGAAGUGAAAAAAUGCAGUCAACAGACUCAUCACCAUCGUCAGGAGAUUGCUCCCGCUAUAUUUUGCAGGUGUACGUGGGAGCUCUUUCCCUGCACUAUGAGGCGCUGAGUGUGGAAGCAUCUAAACAAACAACCGCCGAAGAAAUCGUUUCAUGUAUUGUUGAACGCUUAGGGCUACCGGGAAGCAAUUAUGAACUCGCCGAAGUGGCUGAUGAGAGCAAAGAGCGACGAUUGUCGCCAGAAGAAAAGCCCGUGUCAGUUAUGCUCCUGUGGCCAAUGCAUUCAGAAAGAGAUUUUCAUAGGUUUUAUCUACGCGAAUCCCAAAAUGAUGUUCCCUGGCUAGAGAAUUAUGGUUUAGAUCCGCAAAUUUUGCGUGAUUUUAUACCAUUUUUGCUGCAGCCAGAGAAUCGGGAAUAUCCAGACUUGUGCCAAUUGCCAGACUUGAAUGAGUCAACAUUGUUGGAGAAUUUAAGACAACGCUUCGAUGCUGGUCAUAUUUAUACUUACGUAGGGAGUAUUUUAAUAGCUGUGAACCCAUUCAAAUUUCAUCCAAUCUACAAUCCCAAGUAUGUAAGGCUGUAUCAAAAUCAAAAAGUCGGACCCAUUCUCCCGCCACACAUCUUUGCAAUUGCCGACAAUGCAUAUUAUUGUAUGCUUAAGGAGAAAAGAAAUCAGUGUGUCGUGAUAAGUGGUGAGAGUGGUUCGGGGAAGACGGAAAGCACAAAUUUUCUCCUGCACCACCUCACGGCACUAUCACAAAAGGGAUCCCAUGGGUCUGGUGUUGAGCAGACAAUUCUCAGUGCUGGUCCCGUUCUUGAGGCAUUUGGCAAUGCCAAGACGGCGCAUAACAACAAUUCCAGUCGCUUUGGGAAGUUUAUUCAAGUGAAUUAUCGUGAAAAUGGAUUGGUUCAGGGUGCCGUGGUGCAGAAGUAUCUGCUGGAGAAGAGUCGAAUUGUCUCGCAGGGCCCCUAUGAGAGAAACUAUCAUGUCUUUUAUUACCUGCUUUCGGGAGCUACUGAACAAGAGCGUGAGGCUCUUCAUUUGCUCCCGGCUGACAAGUACAAUUACUUGAAUGCAAAGAAUCUAAUCCUGGAGAAUUGCGAUGAGAAAUAUGAAUUCUCGCGACUGAAGCAGAGCAUGGAGAUGGUUGGUUUCUCAGCGGAGAAGCAAAGACGGCUAUUUAAUGUGCUCUCAGCAGUUCUUCUCCUUGGGAAUGUUGAAUUCUUCCCGAAGAAGUCCACCUACCACCAUGACGAAAGUGUUCAAGUGCGCAAUUCUGAUGUUGUGUCGAUCAUCUCGGAAUUGCUGAAAGUGAAGCACGACACACUGUUGGCAGCAUUGACAUCGAAGCGUGUUAAGGCGAGCGGUGAAACACUCAUUAUGCAAUACAAACUACCUGAAGCAAUUGCAGCACGAGAUGCACUGGCAAAGUGUCUCUAUGGGGCGCUAUUUGAUUGGAUUGUGCUGCAGGUGAAUCAUGCAUUGCUGAAUAAGGACCCCACGGGUCCACCACACACGGGGCAUUCAAUUGGUGUAUUGGAUAUCUUUGGAUUUGAGGACUUUGGGGCGCAAAACUCAUUUGAGCAGCUAUGCAUUAAUUAUGCCAAUGAACAUCUCCAGUAUUAUUUUAAUCUACAUGUGUUCAAGUAUGAGCAAAAUGAGUACAAGCGGGAGGGCAUAAAAUGGCGUGAUAUUGAGUUUAUGGACAAUUCCGGAUGCUUACAGCUCUUUGAGUCUAAACCCACGGGAUUGCUGUGCAUUCUCGAUGAUCUCUGCAACUUCCCUGGAGCAACAAAUGAGGCUCUCUUGCAGAAAUACAACACAGUCCAUCGUGACAAUCCAUUCUAUGAGAAGCCACAGAAGAAGGAAAAUGCAUUUAUUAUUAAACACUACGCGGGAAAAGUCAAGUAUCAGGUCGCUGAAAUGCGUGAGAAGAAUUUAGAUUUAAUGCGACAAGACAUUGUGAGUGUCCUGAAGAAUUCAAGUAUGGCUUUCGUGCGAGAACUGGUGGGAGCAGAUCCGGUUGCCGUUUUCCGUUGGGCAAUCCUGAGGGCCUUCUUCCGGGGGUACUUUGCUUUCCGGACGGCUGGCAUCAAGCAUCGACAAGAGAGAGCUGAUCAGGCAUUUAACAAAGUGACGGUGAAAACGCGAUUUAGACCACACAACGAUUUGCUAAUCAGCAAAAGAGUGAAUAAUACGGCGAGUGACUUGACAUCGAUGCAUCAUCACCAACAAUCACCAAUUCAGCAAUUUAAUUACAUGAGCAAGAGCCCGCGUCGAUCGUGGUCCAGCAUUGCGUUCAACAAUAAGAAUUUUCCAGAUGGGAAGCUGGGGUAUGAAAAUAGUCAAAACAGCAAUAACAACAAUAACUCUGAUAGCGGUGGAAAUAACAAACUAUUUGCUAAAGGAUUUUCAAAGUUUGAACGUUCCAGCCAAGAUGUAAUGGCACGUGCUUCCCAAAUUGUUCAGAAAAAUAAAUCAUUCCGCCCUCGAGAGCGUCCAAAGAAGGGUCUCAAAAAUCUCCAAACAGUUAAAACACUCACAGCAGGGCAGAAUUUGUCCAAUCAAACGUCCAUUAAGACGAGAAAGCAGCCACUAACGGUUUCAGCACAAUUCCAAAAUUCCCUAACAGCCCUGAUGGAUACCUUGAAUCAGGCAAAUCCCUUUUUUAUCCGAUGCAUCAAGUCAAACCCAUCAAAAAUACCCAACAAAUUUGAUGAUAACACUGUGACGAGACAGCUGCGAUACACGGGAAUGCUGGAAACGGUGCGAAUCCGCCGAGCGGGCUACAAUGUACGGCUGACCUAUGAAGAGUUCAUUCAGCUGUACCGAAUCCUCCUGCCAAAGGGUCUCGUGAGUUCGCAGAAGGAUGUGCGGGAUUUCAUGAAUACCAUGGACCUCAAUAAGCAACACUACCAACUUGGUGUUACAAAGAUCUACAUGCGUGAAUCUCAGAAGAUGCGACUGGAUAUAAAGUUGCAUACAAAGAUACUCGGGAGUAUUGUGAAGAUCCAACGAUGGUUCCGUAGCAUCCUGCAGCGACGGAAGUUUGUUAUACUCCGUUCGGCUGUUGUGACAAUUCAGAGCUUCUGGAGGAUGUGUAUGGCACAGAAGCAGCUGCUUGGCUUACGGCAGGAACGUGCUGCGGCCGUGAUACAGGCCACGUGGCGAAUGUAUGUGACACGGAAAUGGUUUACAAAGCUGAAGAAUGGCACAAUCCUCCUGCAAUCGCACAUCCGAGGGAAAUUGGCGAGAGCUAAAUUCAAGAUAAUGUUCAAACAGAAGUUGCUGAAAGAGAGAUCGAAGUUGCGACCAACACAGAGUUUGCCAGCCAAUGAGAGGUCGAUCGAUGCAUUGCCGGACGUUGACACGUACACCGGGCAGAGAGUGACACUGACAAAGCCGCACAGCAGUCUAGACACGGAGCUGGAGCACGCAGCAAAGGCAACACGCAACGCACACUCCCAGUACUACCAACAUGGAAAUCGCAGUGAGGAGAAUCUCCUCGACUAUUCCCUGCUGACGGCGUCGAUGGAGCAACGUGAUGUACUCAAUAAGGCGGAAAAUCAAUUUAGGAGCCUCAUGAUAUCGUCCGGGAACAAUAAUAAAGCAUUCGGGAAUAGCAAUAGUGAUGAAUAUCGCCAUCCGGAUUAUCAGAAUGUUAAAUACUCACAGCAUGAUAAGCAGCAGCAUUUUCAGCGGCAAUCGCAUCAAGAGGAGUCAUCCAGUCUUGUCACAAUGAAUGAUAUCCGGAAAGCUUAUAUGACGUACAUCGAAUCUCCCAAGAGCUAUGAUCCUCUGAAGGCUCCCGUGCGUCGUGUGGAUUCAGGACCGACGCCAGUACGACGCAGUGUGGUGCGCUACGAUGAGAAUCCAAAUAGAAUAAUGGGCCUCACGCGCAAUGUGGGCAAUUUGGGCAAUAGUAAUGUGGAAAUUGUCUAUGUGGACACGAAUAUUGAUCCCUCAGCUGCAUCCUCAGUGGAGAGCACGAGUACACCAACCUUGAGGAAUCCACCGGGUGUGAAUAAUCAACAGCAGCAGCAGCAGCAAUAUCUUUCGCAGGCAUACAAACCAUCUCGACGAGAGAUAAUCUGUCGAAGUGCUGGAGAUGAGAUAAAUUCAAAUUAUCAAGCAGCACAGGGAAAGGCACAGGGAUACCCCACAAGUCCAGCCCAUCAGCAGAGUGCCUCAAGUCAGAAUGUCUACGUGCAGCAAGAGCAUCCGCAGGAAUUCCUCCAGAAGGCCUUCUAUUCAGCACCAAAAGGUAAAGCAGCUGCUCUUCUGGGUACAAUAACCGAGGACAAGGUACGAGCGGCAAAGGAGCAAGGAGACUUUACGUAUCACAGCAAGACUGGGCGACGCGUGAAGACGAAUCUGAGUGAUGAUGUGAGUGAUCUCCAUGGGCACAUUGUUCAUCCGCGACGUGUUGCUCUGAGUUCGGAGAGUCUCCGACGCAGGAAUUCAGAUCCCAGUACGAAUAAAGUGCCCCUACUUGAGGUGAAUCGUGGCAAUGACAUGUACCAAUCCAGCACGCACAUUAACAUUGCUGGUCACCGUUUCCGGAAGGCGGCACGCAUUGGGAAGGCGGAAAAGUGUGCGAGUUGCGAGAAGAGUGAUGCAUUCGUGAAUGAGGGACAUCGCUGUCUCGACUGCAAGGUGCUCGUUCACACAAAAUGCAUCCAAAAUGGUGGUGUGAAGACACUCCAAUGCGAGGCGAAGCGCUCAAAGCGCCGAAAGAUGCCGGAGAAGGGCAAUGAGAAGCCCAUGACGCCCAAUUCAAAAUACUCAGGAACGCGCGAGUACACAGACUCGACGGAUAAGAUCAUCAGUGAUGCCAAAGAGUUGCAAUUAAUGCAGGAUUUCAUCACGCAGAAGAUUUGCAAGAUGGAAAGUGAGACCUCGGGGAAGCCCUCGGAGGUGGAUCGUGUAUUCAAGCAGGCACUGCGGGAGUUCAAGGAUAACCUCGUGGCGCACUAUAGUGUGGCCCAUAAGCAAAAUUCCGAUGCACUCAAUAUUAAAUAUCGCGACUUAAUUGCCAACUUUGAGCAAGUUAUGGAGACAUGCUGUGGUGGGCGGAAGGAUGACUUUCCCCUCACGAUGGGUGUUAAUGCCUUCCGGGGAUUUAUGAAUGAAUUUAUGAAUUCACGUGAGACGGAAAAGCCCAAAACGAAGCGAAAGAAGGAUAAAAAGCGCAAAAUUGAAGAGCAUACAAGCUUCAAUGGUCAUACCUUCCAAUUGACGAUUAUCAACAUUCCAACAGCAUGCGAAAUUUGUCAACUUUUCCUUCUGUGGCCCAUUGAACGGGGAUUGGUGUGCCAAAAUUGCCGGCUGACGUGCCACAAGAAGUGCUACCAGAAAACAGUGCCGUGUAAUAAAAUCUCCGGCUCAUCGGGUAAUAUUUCAUCUUCACAGUCUGCCCUUGUUGGUUCCAAACUCUUUGGGUGUAGUCUAACGAGUCUCUGUGCUGCUGAGGGUGGAGUUAAGAUUCCCGUGCAAAUUGAACAGUUAAUCACGAAGAUUGAGAUGCACGGAUUGUACGCUGAGGGAAUUUACCGGAAGAGUGGGGUAAAUUCGAAAAUUAAAGAGCUUAAAAUGCGAAUGUCCGACAGUGUGAUGUCCAAUGAGGUGAACUACGAGAGCUACAAUGUUCACGUGCUGACGAAUGUUCUCAAAUCAUUCCUACGGGAAAUGCCCGAACCAUUGUUGUCGUUUGAUCGCUACGAUGACUUCCUGCGAGCGGCUGAGCUGUCGGAGACAAAUGAUCGUGUUCAGACGAUGUUGUCACUGAUUAAGAAGCUCCCGCCGUGUCAUCAUGCCCUUCUUGAGCGUCUAAUCUUCCAUUUGGCACUCGUGGCGCAGAGGGAGCAAUACAAUAGGAUGUCUGCCAGUUCAUUGGCCAUUGUCUUUGCUCCGUGUGUCCUAAGGACAAAUCGCAUUGUCCCGGCGCAGGAUAGUUUAAAUGACAUCGGCAGGCAGACAAAGUGCAUUGAGACACUCAUUACGCAGAAGAUGCACAAUGUUAAGAGCACCCUGGCGGACAUUGAUACACUCGAUACAGCAGCACAUACAGCCACAACGCGUCUCAGUACUCUACGUAGCUCUAAAGUGUUCACACCGGAAGAACUCGCCCCGCGACAGGGUAAUUUGGAGUCAGAAGCUGAAGAAAUUCUCCUUGAGGGGCAUAUUCAGGAGAUUAAGAAGGAGAAGGCUCUCCUGACGUCGACACUGCCAAGUUUGGCACGUGCUAGCUCUGAUGAUGAUCUCCUGUCGACGGAUCUCGAUGGCGAGGGGGGAAGUCUCGAUGAUUUAAUUCUCCUCGGUGGGGAGUGUAGAGAUCCAAAUAAGGAUAGUGUGGACUCAGCUCUGUGCAGCCUCGGGGAAUCAUCCCGGAAUACCUUCAAUAGUGACGUUGAGAUGAUGGAGUACACUGCACGUGAGCAGGGUAGUGAGUACUUGCACAGCCCGCGGAGUCAGCAGAUCUCAAUGGAACGUGAGGCCUUCCUGCGGGGCGCAGUGGCAUACAAUCCAAAAGUUGCCUCCACGUCGAAAUGGUCCAGCAGUCAGCAGAAUCUCAGCCAAGGCCCCGUGAAGCAGUCCCCGUGUGAGUUGCAGCGUCAAAAGCCAAUUGUGAUGCGAAGUAUCUCCACGGGGUAUGACACCCCAUCCACGGUGACGAUACAGCAUCAUCAGCAGCCACCUGGAGGCAGUGGAGCAGGUGAGUCAAGUGGGGUGGCGAAGGAGCCCAAAACGAAGGGUGGUCGGAAGUCAAAGCGACAGAAUAGUCUCGAUGAUGAACCCAUAAUGGUGUGAAGCAUUUCUUGUGAUUGAUAUAAUGGAAGGACAAGCAGGGUGAUUUGUUCAGUGAGUGUGCGUGCGUGCGUGUAAUGAGAGCCCAUGGAGGUUGUCCAUGGCACAAGAUAUAUAGAUGUAAUAUUUUUCUAGGUAUAUGUAAUGAGAAAUAUAUAUAAAAUUCAUAAAAACAAGAAGAAGACAUUCUCAAGAUGAAAAACAGGAAAUAAAACACUGGGAAAAAUUAAAUUGAUUAACUCUGCGAAUUACAAAGCAAUGGGAAAUGUGACAGCUCCGGGUAGAAGUUGAGAGAAUUUUAACUUUCAGCUAGAACGAGAAUUUAACUAAUUUUUCUUUUUGUUUAGUCUGGUUAUAGAAGUUUUUUUUUUUUUUUUUGAAUAAUCCAAAAUACAAAAUAUUUAAAAACUUUGACAUUUAAUAUUUGACAUUUUAAAAUUUUGACAUUAGGGAGAAUUUAACGUCAAAUCUCCGUGACAGUUACAUUUUUUUUAAAUGAUUUUCUGUCAUAAAAUUGCAAAAAAUCCUUUUAUUUUGUCAAUUCGCAGAGUUAAAAAAUAAUAAAAUAUAAAUUUUUCUGAGUGCCGAAGCAUCCACGACGUGAUGAGAGUCAAAAGUGUUCGCUCAGUUUUCAAGCGAUUCAACCACCAAAUUUUUUGAUUGAGAACCGUAGUAAAGAAGAUGAAGAGAUAAAGAAUAAAAAAA